AUGAGGCCUACUAUGUAUGCAACCUGCGUUUGUCCUGUGAAUAUCCCGUAUUUAGCAUGGAAUCAUAUGCAGUCUUCUCCGAAAACUAUCCCGGAGACAGCAUGCGAGGGAAUGCAAUUGGUAGCAGUAAAUUUGAGGCCACCUAUCACACUUCUUGGGGUGACCCUCAUCCGCAAGAGUAUGCACAAUGAGAUUCGAAUUGGUGUUUUCCAACAUCGAGGAUUCCAUAAUUUUUGAAUAACCGCUCGUGAUUGGAGCGUUUGAUUUUUUGAGGCCUACAAGCAGGGGAUAGAAAAUACUUGACGAUCAUUGGAUGCACAGUUUCGCUUCCUACAGACGUAGGAACCAAGCGACCAUCAUUUAAACCCUCGAAUUCCCCAAUUUCUUUCCUUUUUCUUUUCUUCUUUUCUCUCCACGGCGCGAGAGGCGGCGCUGUCACUCCUCACUCUUUUUUGUCCUGCAUAUUCACUCCUUAGGGUCUUCUUGCCUUGUUUUGAGCAUCUUUUCCGAUCAUUUGCACUUUUUUUAACCCUAUCUCAAGGGCCUCCGUUACGAUCCAGGAGGCCCAAGGCGAAUAGAACCUAUCUUCUCUGACUACACUGCUGGGAAAGAAAACGAAAACUAUCUACCACUUCAUUUUGACUUUAUCGAUCCCAGCCUUUUAGAUCUCAGGACAUAUCCUGUUCCUUCUUGUUUCGAGCCGAGUCCUGCUGUUGAUGCUCAGGAAGCACACGGACAAUUUAAUGCCAAUGAAGACUCUCUUGUUCAAGACUGCAGCUCGCGAAGUUUCGAUCCUCUGCCUUACACUCCUUACAAUACCUUCCCAGAUCUACCUGCGCUAGACGCGUAUUGUGAUCAGCCUAUCGAAUAUUUCGAAGGACCCGUUGAAGGUCAAAUCGGAGACUGUCCCUACCCAAACCCACCAGCCUCUAUUCCUCAUGUCGAGCAAUUCCAACAUCAUCAUCCUAUUGCUUCAAAUUCGCCUCAACAACCAGAACCCCAACCAAUUGCUCAGCCAUCCUCUACUGCCAACAAUCCUACUUGUCCAGAAUGUCAAAAAACAUUUGCACGUGCCUGUGACCUGAAGUUAGUGUCAACUUUUUUCUAUAUUGCUAUUGCUAUUCAAAAUGCUAAUUUCCAACCUCAGCGUCCACAAGAAAUCACACACCCUCCCUUUCAAAUGUCCAAGACCCUCGUGCAAAUCACUCGGUUUCCGGUAUCGCAAGGAUCGGGACCGCCAUGUUGCAGACAUACAUCCCGAACUCAUGCCUGGUGCUGAAAGAUAUUUCUGUCCUUCGGAAAGCUGUAAGCACUCAAGAGCUAAAGGCAAAGGGUUCCCAAGGAAGGAUAAUUUUGCAAGACAUGUGAAGAAUUGUAAACAUAGGAACAAGUAAUUGUGUGGCAAAGGGAAUUGCUGUGUACGUAGUCAUUGGGAGCACUGAGCGUUGCCUUUAAAACAGGAAUAUAAUGUGUUGAUAUCGAUUGCCAACAUUUAUGCAUUUGAUGAGUGUGAUUAUAGCAGUAUGACGAACCAUUUUCGAUGCAAGUAAAAAAUGAUCCGAGGCACAACACCAGAAUAACAUAACAAUGAAUGAGGAUUGAAGCUUUC